UGUGUCGUUUGUCGGUGCCAACAAAAAGGGUCCUGUUUUUCCACAGUUUUUCGACACCAAACAACGCGAGAAAAGGCUAAAAAGGUAGCCAAGAGUGUGCCCACACAGCGGGCAAACAGUGGAACGUAAGCAUCCGGCUCGAAGACCGGCCCAAUAGACGAUGGCAUCCGAUGAGGAAAUUGAUGAAUCCAUUGCCGAGGAAGAAGGUGGCAUGAUGGACGAAGCAGCGGACGCCUCGCUGGCAGCUGAUGCGGAUGAUGGUUCGGACGAGGAGGCUAACACGAAGAGCAACGCGCAACAAGACGAAGAUGAUGACUACGAGCCGGAAGACAACCGCAAAAAGAAGAAGGGCAAAAAGCGCAAAGCACGCAGCAGUGAUGAAAAGCGCGGCCGGAAGAAGAAAAAGCGCAAGAAGAACGACAGUGGCGAUGAGAGCGACCAGAAGCAAAGUGACGAUGGUGCGGGUAGUAGUGCGGCGGCCGCAGCUGCUGCUGCUGCUGCCGCGGCCCAAGCAGCCGAAUCGGACUACGAGUCACGCCCGAAGCGGGGUCGUGAUCGGAAGAAGGGUAGCAGCAGUCGUGGUGGUGGCGUGACCACCGAGGUGGAGAAGAAGGUGGAGGAAAAGGAAAAGAUGCCCUCCAUACAGGAGGUGUGCAGUUCGUUCGAUCUAACUGACGUGAAGAUCGAGUACACGGACGAGGAUUUCGAGAAUUUGGUUACGUUCAAGAUGUUCCAAACGCACGUACGGCCGAUCCUGACGAAGGAAAACCCGCGCGUACCGAUGGCGAAGCUAAUGAUGCUGGUCGCUGCGAAGUGGCGCGAGUUCUGUACCUUGAAUCCGAACAUUUCGAGCGAAGAUGCAACGGCGGCGGAGACGGGCAGGGAGGAAGAGGCGCCGCCAACACCGGAGUACGUGCCGAAGUCCAGCCGAUCGCGCAGCAAAAUGGAAAAUAAGCACGAGGACAUGGUGUACGAUGAUGAGGACGAGGAGGAAGAGGAAGAGGUGGAGCGCGAGCGCACACGCAAGAGUAAGAAGGGCAAGAGUGGCGGCGGAGGAGGUGGUGGUGGCGGUGGAAGCAACAGCAAUAAAAAGGGUAGCAGUGGAAGUAGUCGCAAGCAGAAGGUACCGACGUUGAAGAUCAAGUUUGGGAAGCGUAAGAAUGCCAGCUCGGAUGAGGAGCCGGAUCCGAGCGGUGGAUCGGAACGCGAAUCGGACGCAGAGUUCGAAAAGAUGCUCCAACAGUCGGAGUCGGAAAAGCCGGAAAAACCGGAACGCGGAGAGUCGUCUAGCGGUGGUGUUGCUGCCGACGGAGGUGCUGAUGAUACGUCCGAUCAGCCGCCGGUGCGUAAGAAGGCGAAGACAAAGAUCGGCAAUAAGUCGAAAAAGAAGAGCAAAUCGAAGAAGAGCAAAUUCCCCGAUGGUGGUGAGGAGGGUGAGCACGAGCAUCAGGAUUACUGUGAGGUGUGUCAGCAGGGUGGUGAAAUCAUUCUAUGUGACACCUGUCCCAAAGCGUACCAUCUCGUGUGUCUCGAUCCGGAGCUGGAAGAUACACCCGAGGGUAAGUGGUCUUGCCCGACGUGCGAAGCGGAAGGGCCAGCAGACGACGAUGACGAUGAGCAUCAGGAGUUCUGCCGGGUGUGUAAGGAUGGUGGCGAGCUGCUGUGCUGCGACAAUUGUCCAUCCGCGUAUCACACCUUCUGCUUGAAUCCUCCCUUGGACGACAUUCCCGAUGGUGAGUGGCGCUGUCCGCGAUGUAGCUGUCCUCCUCUGGCGGAAAAGGUGCAAAAAAUCAUGACCUGGCGAUGGACAGACAAACCCAUCAAUCCGGAUGAACCAUCCACCUCCAAGGGUGGAGUCACUCGGCGCCGUGAGUACUUCGUAAAGUGGCAGGAGAAGUCGUACUGGCACUGUGACUGGAUUACGGAGUUGCAGCUAGAUGUGCACCACCCGUUGAUGUUCCGCAACUACACGCGCAAGAACGACAUGGAAGAACCGCCCAAGCUGGAGGAAGCGCUUGACGAGGAGGACAACCGAUACAAGCGCAUCCAGCGCAUGCGCGAAACCAACAGCAAUCUGAACGAAACCGAGCUGGAGGAGAAGUACUACCGGUACGGUGUGAAACCCGAAUGGCUUAUGAUUCAUCGCGUGAUCAACCAUCGUACGAUGCGGGACGGCCGCACACUGUAUCUGGUAAAGUGGCGCGAGCUGGCGUACGAUCAAGCGACCUGGGAAGAUGAAGAGGAGGACAUCGCUGGGCUGAAGAUGGCGAUCGAGUACUAUUUGGAUUUGCGCGCCAACUGUUCGCAGGACAUCGGCGGCUCGAGUGGUAGCGGUAGUGGAAGCAGCAAGAAGAACAAGAAAAAGGGCCGGCGUCGUUUGCGUGAAUUGGAGGAAGAGGAGCGUACGGCAGGGGUGAAACGGUACACACCGCCACCGGAAAAGCCCACGGCGGAUUUAAAGCGAAAGUUUGAGGUACAACCACCGUAUCUGGACGAAACGGGUAUGCGACUACAUCCGUACCAGCUGGAGGGUAUAAACUGGUUACGCUACUCGUGGGCGAAUGGUACCGAUACGAUUCUGGCCGAUGAAAUGGGACUGGGUAAGACAAUCCAGACGGCUACGUUUCUGUAUUCGCUUUACAAGGAAGGUCACUGCCGUGGCCCAUUCCUGGUGGCGGUUCCACUCUCGACCAUCAUUAACUGGGAGCGUGAAUUUGAAUUGUGGGCACCGGACUUCUACUGCAUUACGUACGUGGGCGACAAGGAUUCCCGGGCGGUUAUUCGUGAGAAUGAACUAUCGUUUGAGGAAGGUGCCGUACGCGGUGGAAAGGCAUCCCGCAUUCGCGCCAGUUCGAUAAAAUUUAACGUUCUGCUGACGAGCUACGAGCUGAUCUCGAUCGAUGCUGCCUGCCUGGGUUCGAUCGAUUGGUCCGUCCUGGUGGUGGAUGAAGCCCAUCGGCUGAAGUCGAAUCAGAGCAAAUUCUUUAAGGUGCUGAACGCGUACAACAUCGCGUACAAACUGCUCCUUACCGGUACACCGCUGCAGAACAAUCUCGAGGAACUGUUCCAUCUGUUGAACUUCCUGAACAAGAACAAGUUUAACGAAUUGUCCGAGUUCCAGAAUGAAUUUGCGGACAUCUCGAAGGAGGAACAGGUGAAGCGAUUGCACGAGAUGCUUGGACCGCAUAUGCUGCGUCGGCUGAAGGCGGACGUGCUGAAGAACAUGCCUACCAAGUCGGAGUUCAUCGUGCGUGUGGAACUGUCGCCGUUGCAGAAGAAGUACUACAAGUACAUCCUGACGCGCAACUUCGAGGCACUCAACCCGAAGGGUGGUGGCGGUGCCUGUUCGCUGAUUAAUAUCAUGAUGGAUCUGAAGAAGUGCUGCAACCAUCCGUAUCUGUUUGCGGCUGCGGCAGAAGAGGCACAGCUCGGACCGGGUGGCAAUUACGAACUGCAGUCACUGACAAAAGCAGCCGGAAAGUUGGUGCUGCUCGAAAAGAUGUUGAAGUUGCUGAAAUCACAAGGUCACCGUGUGUUGAUCUUCUCGCAGAUGACCAAGAUGUUGGACAUUCUGGAAGACUUUCUCGAAGGUUUAGGCUACAAGUACGAACGUAUCGAUGGUGGCAUCACGGGCAGCAUUCGGCAGGAGGCGAUCGAUCGUUUCAAUGCACCCGGUGCGCCUCAGUUUUGUUUUCUGCUGUCGACACGUGCCGGUGGUCUCGGCAUUAAUUUGGCCACGGCAGAUACCGUGAUCAUUUACGAUUCGGAUUGGAAUCCGCACAACGACAUUCAAGCCUUCUCACGCGCGCAUCGUAUCGGGCAGGCGAAUAAGGUGAUGAUCUACCGGUUUGUGACACGCAACUCGGUCGAGGAGCGUGUGACGCAGGUGGCAAAGCGUAAAAUGAUGCUGACGCAUUUGGUCGUACGGCCCGGUAUGGGUGGCAAGGGUACAAACUUCACCAAGCAGGAGCUGGACGACAUUCUACGCUUCGGUACGGAGGAACUGUUCAAGGAAGAUGGCAAGGAUGAAGAGGCAAUCCACUAUGACGAUAAGGCCGUGGCGGAGCUAUUGGACCGAUCGAACAAAGGCGUGGAGGAGAAGGAGAACUGGUCGAACGAGUAUCUGUCGUCGUUCAAGGUGGCUUCAUACAGCACGAAAGAAGACGUGGAGGAAGAAACGGAAACGGAAGUCAUUAAACAGGAGGCCGAAAAUUCCGAUCCAGCCUACUGGGUCAAACUGCUGCGGCAUCACUAUGAGCAGCAUCAGGAGGAUUUGUCGCGUACGCUUGGCAAGGGAAAGCGAGUGCGCAAACAGGUCAACUAUACCGAUGGUGGCGUCAUUCAAGCGGAUCCGGUUAAGGAAGACUCAACCUGGCAGGAGAACGUAUCGGACUAUAACAAUUCGGACUAUUCCGGUGCUUCGGAUGAGGAUCGCGACGAGGACGAUGAGGAGAGCGAGCUGGGAAGACGCAGCAGACGUCGUAUCGAACGGAAAGAGGCAGAACGGGACAAUCGUCCACUGCCGCCGUUGUUGGCGCGUGUCGGUGGAAACAUUGAAGUGUUGGGCUUCAAUGCGCGACAGCGCAAGAGCUUCCUGAACGCGAUCAUGCGUUACGGUAUGCCACCGCAGGAUGCGUUCCAUUCGCAGUGGUUGGUACGCGAUCUGCGUGGCAAAUCGGAGCGCAUCUUCAAGGCAUACGUGUCCCUGUUUAUGCGACAUCUCUGCGAGCCCGGUGCAGAUAAUGCGGAAACGUUCGCCGAUGGCGUUCCGCGCGAAGGUCUCAGCCGGCAGCACGUGCUGACGCGCAUCGGUGUGAUGUCGCUGAUACGUAAGAAGGUGCAGGAGUUUGAGCACAUCAACGGUUAUUACAGCAUGCCGGAGCUGAUCAAGCGUCCGUGCGAACCGGUAAAGAUUGCCGUCCCAGUCGUCGCCGCGGCCGGAACUAGCGGUGAAGGUACGUCGGCUGCGGCAGUUACCGGUGGCGAAACAUCCAAAUCGGCUACCACCAGCACAAGCGCUACUCCGGCGACGAGCGCUGCUCCAAGUCCGGCUCCGAAUGCCGGUGCAUCCGGUGACAAGGAGGACGAAACAUCGACGGGGGCCGGCGAAAAGGAAAAAGCGGACGGUGCCGACAAGGAAAAGUCCGCAGAGAGUGCACCAGAGGGCGACAAUGCGGUUGAUGUGAAAAAGGAAACGAAAGACGAGGCUGACGAAUCUGCUGAGAAAAAAUCUGCUGCCACCGGUGAGAAAAAGAAGGACGAUAGUGCUGUUCCGGUAAAAGCUGAACCUACGGAUACUGAUGGUGAGAAGACGGCCAAGAAGGACGAAAAGACUUCGGGGGAGGAAACGCUCGAUGCAAAGAAUGUGAAAACGGAAAAUGAUCCUUCACCGCCAAAGGAAACCGACGACAAGGAAAAGGGAGAGGAUAAGAAACCGGAGGAAAAGAAAGGAACUGAAGAGGCAAAGAAAGGAUCGUCCGAAACGACAGCAACCACCGGACAGGCGAAGAAAGAAGCAGAAGAAGAGGACGAUGAUGACGAGGUGAAGUUCGUGGAAGAUAGCAGCACGAUUCCACCGGUGAAAAAACAGGAACCGGACGUGAAACCGCCGGCCCCUGCUACCACCACCACCACCACGACGACCACAAUCGACGAUGACGAUGAUGAUGUCGUGUUCGUAAAGGAUGACGACGACGAUGUGAAGAAACCGGAACCAGUGCAGGAGAACCUGGAGGUGCACAAGCGUGCCUUCAUGUUCAACAUCGCCGACGGAGGCUUCACCGAGUUGCACACGCUCUGGAUUAACGAGGAGAAGGCAGCCGUCCCAGGGCGGGAGUACGAGAUUUGGCAUCGUCGGCAUGACUACUGGCUGCUGGCAGGUAUCGUGACGCACGGGUAUGGCCGUUGGCAGGACAUCCAGAACGAUAUCCGGUUCGCGAUCAUCAACGAACCGUUCAAGAUGGAUGUCGGCAAGGGAAACUUCCUGGAAAUCAAGAACAAGUUCCUGGCACGUCGCUUCAAACUGCUCGAACAGUCGCUGGUAAUCGAGGAGCAGUUGCGUCGGGCUGCGCUGCUCAAUUUGGCCCAGGACCCAAGCCAUCCGGCGAUGGCACUGAAUGCACGGUUUGCCGAGGUAGAGUGUUUAGCGGAGUCACAUCAGCAUCUGAGCAAGGAGUCACUGGCGGGCAACAAACCGGCCAAUGCCGUCCUGCACAAGGUAUUGAACCAGCUGGAGGAGUUGCUGUCGGAUAUGAAGUCGGACGUGUCUCGACUCCCUGCAACACUAGCCCGCAUUCCCCCCGUUGCCCAGCGAUUGCAAAUGUCCGAACGGUCGAUCCUAUCAAGGUUGGCAGCUACGGGCAACACAGUGCAGCAGAAUCCCCCAAUGUCGCAGUUCCCGCCAGGCUAUCAGGGAACGACACUACCGGGUUUUGCAGCGGCCGCUGCAGCCAACUUUGCGACCUUCCGGCCAACAUUCUCAGUACCCGGCCAACCAACCAAUUUCCCUAGUGGAGCAGGUGUCGCCGGUUCAAGCUCUUCCGGAAAGUAAAUCUGCGGACCCACCAAAUCCAGGUGGGCUUCAGCUAUCAAAACAGCGAACCAUCUAUCAAUGGAAUGGCCUGCAAUAUGCGUUAGUUUUAUAUCAGGAGCAGAAGAAUGGUUUGGUUUUGCUGACCGUCGCGUGGACGAUGAAUGUGAUGUAUCAUUUUUACAAUGACAUUCUUCAUAUAAGUUCAAUUUCUCUUUUAUCUCUAGACACAUACGAAACACAAACACACAGCAAACAAAUUAUCAAACAUUGAAGCGCAAAAAUGGUACUCAAAAGCUCACAUACACAUUUGCACACUCAUUCACAAUUGCUACAUUCGAUUUUGGGGGCAAUGAUCGGAAUACAUUUUAUGCAUUGAAGGGAACGAUUGUGACAAGUUUUAUGGUCAGCUCUAUGGUCAGCAGUUUCGGAGUAUACAAUUGUAAGAAAACAAAACAAGCGUAAUACAAAACCACUUAAAGUAAGAAAUUAGAAUAACAUUUCCUAGCAGUAGGAUGAUAGAGCUGUACUUACACAGCUGGAUGUAUUGUAAGCGUAUAACUUAUCGACUUAAUUGGUAUGGCCGAGCUUCUAAAACCCGGUUCUAAUAAAC